GAUCAUUCUGUGCAUUCUACGCGACUGCCUAAUCAUCGAGGGAGGGUUCGUUCAUAGGGGCUGUGGCUUUGUACAAUCCCUGGUCCCAUCUUUGUAGAUUGGCACAACGGUUGGGACAGUGUCAACGGGAACUACGAACUUUCUAUUGGGGUCGUUCAGUUUCUUCCCCAACACCUCUGUCCAUUAUUGAAGUCUCCUACUGAACGGGCUUUGAAACACUAACUGCUGGUUUUACGCCAGACGAGCGCAGCUUGCUAGUGAUUGAACAAUCGCACUGCUCGUGACUUCACAUUCGGACAACACGCCUUGUUUCUUCUCUCCGAUUCUUGUGGAUAUCUUUGGAACACUUUGGUUUUAACACACCCUCCACGAUGGGAAAAAGACGGUAUAUUUUUGGGAUACUGACUGUUGCAUUUCUUGUGGCGUCAACCCUUGUUAUUACUGCGGAGGGUGAAUCGGAUGAAACAGGGAACAAUGCCGGUCAAAGUCCAUCUGCCUCAGGCUCUGGAAAGGGAGGAACCGGAGGUGGUGGAGUUAUACCUGGUGUGAGUGCCGGUGCAAGUGGAGGGACUGGAGGCACGGGAGGUGGUAAUAGACCAGGUGUAUUCCCUGGAUCCAGAGGUGGUGGGACAGGAUUCGCAGGAGGACCUGGAGGUGGAACAAGGGGGGCUGGCGGGCGUGGAACAGGCGCUGCUGGAGGUGGUACAGGAGUUGGUGGAAGAGGAACUGGCGUCGGAAUCCUUCCUGAUAUACAGGUUAUUGAUCCAAUGAACCCUGCCAUAGGUACAGGUUCCGGCUCACGGUAUCCAGGCUACAACCCACGAUCAACAUACCCAGGACAAACUUUCCCAGGAUCAGGUAUCCCUGGACAAAGAUUCCCGCACGUUGGAAAUCCUGGAAUGAACUACCCCGGAAGGUAUCCCACAGUAGGACAUGGUGGUUUCCCAGGACAAGGGGUUUUUCCCGGCCAACACUUUCCAGGACAACACUACCCAGGCAGCACCUUUCCUGGCAGGGGAUAUCCACCACAUAGAGGAAUACCAGGAUCAAUUUUCCCACCAGUAUUCCCCCGUAACGGUUUACCAGUAGGUGGACCAGGAUACAGGAAUCCAAGCAUGAACCCUAAGCGUUAUCCAGGUGGCGGAAGGGGCUAUGGUGGACGAGGCUUGUACCCUGCAGCGGGAGGUCCUGGAUUCCAUGGCAGGCAUCUUGGAAAUAAUAUCGCCGAGGUGAAGGGCCGUAAUUUCGGUAAAAAGAUCGGUAUGGGUUUUGGCGCCCUUAUGGCUGUUGUUGUAAUAGGAGCGUUAUGCGUUAUAGGAACCGUGGUUUCAGUUUUAAUAGCAUGUGCUCGAAAAAGACGUCGCAAUCAACUGAGAUAGAUAGAUAGACAUGGACACUUAACUGGCUUAGGAAUAUAAAGAGAUAUAUAACAUAUAACAAGAGCUGUACCGUAAACUAAUUACAACUGGAAAUCGAUCAAAUGUCAUAAAUUCUAUGAACUUUUCAAACAGUCAGUUCGACUAAUUCAGCCCACAGUACAAGAAUAAAGCCAUUUCCCUAUUAUUAGAUGUCUUUACUUUAUUGGACAUGUUUGUGUAUUUCAUAAUGUCUCUCCGGAUUAGGUGUAGACGUAUGGCUUUUUAUCAGGCUAUUUGCAUUGAAUCUGAAACAACUCAAAUUUCUUCUUCCUUCAUCUUGAAAUAUAAAAAAAAUCCUGUAAACAUCCUUUAAUAAGCGUGUCUUUACCAGCAAAGUAAACUUUAAUUUAGAAAGUAAUAAUAAUAAUAAUGAUAAAGUCAUCAUUAAGAUCUAAAUGUUAAUUAGUAACUCACAUUACUCUUAUAUGUAUCAUGUAAACUAAUGUUCCUUCAGUAGUGUAUCUCGAUAGGAUAUUAUUGAGUAUAAUCUACCUCGAUCAUGAAGACAAAGGGAUCGUGAUCGAGACAGAUUACAUGUGAAAAAAUAUAGUAUAAAUAUUGCUUGUGUAUAUUUUGUUUAUAGUUAUCCAUUCAAAUAAACCAAUAAUCAUUAUCAUUGUAUGUAUUCAGUAAUGAUGUGGUGUAAGACUAAUUGUGCGCCAAGCCCAAAUGAUCCAGGGCAUGAUUUUUCGUGUCAAGUUUAGAAAAAAAAAUCAAUUUUAUUUGCAAUUCACGUUCAAAAUUUAUGUUAUUGUUAAACGUAUAGGUAUUUUCCAGUAUGAGAUAAUUUCUUGGCCGGUUCAAGAAACUUAAAACUAGUGUUUGAUAGAAAUCUGGAAGAUAACCAAUACUUUUGAAACAUUUAUAUUUCUGGAAAAGUUAUUUAAGAAUAUAAAAAGAUAUAGAAAAUAUCUUUGCCGGUUCAAGGACGUUCUUGUGUAUUAUCAAGGAAAAUAAGAGCAAGAAAGAGGAAAAUCGCUGGUAUUUGUUGCUUUCAUAUAAGAAAUGUUUUUUUUUUUUGUUGCCUAAUUGUAAAUGUCCAAAUACAAUAGAUCAUUUUUGUCUAAGUAGCAAAUAAUUCUUGUUCUUAAUUUUACAGAUUGAUACGUCCGUGAAAGAACCCUAUUACUUGAAAGGUUAUACUAUUCAAAGAAUGAAAUGUAACAGUUUACUUUAAUUAGUAACUAUUUUUAAUGCAAAGUGCGGCACAACUGGGGAUAAUUGAUCCUAUCAUCCAUUUUCACCUGAUAAAUCAAUCAAUUUUCUUCUUCAAAUAUUUAGUGAAGUAACCAUUAUGUGAGAUAUAUCUUAUCAGGUCAUGAUCUAAAUUAUUGUAAUAGGUUGAGCUGCAAUAUGUCAUCAGAAAAAUGCAUAUAUAGAUGUGACAAAACUAUGUGGUUUCACCAGCAGUUAGAAUCAUUUAUUUUUGGCGAUGACAGGUUUAUGCAAAACUGCUGUUUGCUUUCAGACAAUGCCAAUAUUUGUGGCAG